AUGGCGGACGGUGACAGCGGCAGCGAGAGAGGCGGUAGCGGCGGUCCCAGCAGCUGUGGCUUUCAGCCUGUGUCCCGUGGUGGCGGCGAGCAAGAAACCCAGGAGCUGGCAUCAAAGCGCCUCGACAUCCAGAACAAGCGUUUUUACUUGGAUGUGAAGCAGAAUGCCAAAGGUCGCUUCCUCAAGAUUGCUGAGGUGGGCGCUGGAGGCUCCAAGAGCCGUCUCACCCUUUCCAUGGCCGUGGCAGCCGAGUUCCGAGACUACCUGGGGGACUUCAUCGAGCACUACGCGCAGCUAGGUCCCAGCAGCCCCGAGCAAAUCGCGGCGGCGGCCAGUGCGGAGGACGCUGGCGGGCCCCGACGGGCGCUCAAGAGCGAAUUCCUGGUGCGAGAGAACCGCAAGUAUUACUUGGACCUCAAGGAGAACCAGCGGGGCCGCUUCCUGCGCAUCCGCCAGACCAUCAACCGCAUCGGCAGCAGCGGCGGGUUCGGCGGGGGCCCCGGCCCCGGAGGCUUGCAGAGCGGCCAGACCAUCGCCCUGCCCGCCCAGGGCCUCAUCGAGUUCCGCGAUGCGCUGGCCAAGCUUAUCGACGACUACGGAGGCGAGGAGGAGGAGUUGGCGGGGGGCCCAGGAGGCGGCGGGGGGCACCCAGGGGGCCUGUAUGGGGAGCUCCCGGAAGGCACCUCCAUCACCGUGGACUCUAAGCGCUUUUUUUUCGACGUGGGCUGCAACAAAUACGGAGUGUUCCUGCGAGUGAGUGAAGUCAAACCUUCCUACCGCAAUGCCAUCACCGUCCCCUUUAAGGCCUGGGGCAAGUUCGGAGGCGCCUUUUGCCGGUAUGCAGAUGAAAUGAAAGAAAUCCAGGAACGUCAGAGGGAUAAGCUUUAUGAAAGACGUGGCGGGGGCUGCGGCGGUGGAGAUGAGUCCGAGGGUGAGGAGGUGGAUGAGGAUUGA